UAUAGUGUCUACGUCGCAACGUCGCAGCCAACAAGAACAAGUACCAACCAAGUAGUAGUAGUGGGCUAGGAGUUAGUGAGGACGUAUGUCCGUGUGUUGAUUGGACAGAGCAACAUGGCCAAGUUUGCGUGGGUGACUCUUGCCACCAAUGACUCGUAUUCCAUGGGAGCGCUUGUCCUGGCGCACUCACUGCGCCGAGUCAACACAGCACAUCAGUUGGUGGUCCUCAUUACACCCGGUGUCACCGAGGCUAUGAAAACACAGCUGAGUGCUGUAUUCAAUGUUGUCAAGUUGGUAGACGUGCUAGACUCUAAAGAUGCUGACAAUCUGGCUCUACUUGCUCGUCCAGAACUGGGAAUCACAUUCACUAAACUCCACUGUUGGAAGCUCACAGAGUACGAAAAGUGUGUGUUUCUAGAUGCAGACACUCUUGUCCUACAAAACAGCGAUGAGUUGUUUGAGCGGGAAGAGUUGUCUGCUGCGCCAGACGCAGGUUGGCCAGACUGUUUCAACUCUGGCGUGUUUGUCUACAAACCUAGUCAACAAACCUUCCAAGCACUCAUAGAGUUUGCGUUAAUACAUGGAAGCUUUGAUGGAGGAGAUCAAGGAUUGCUGAAUUUGUUCUUCAGUGAUUGGCCGACAAAGGACAUCAAGAAACAUUUGCCGUUUGUUUACAACAUGUGCUCAACAGCCACCUACUCUUAUUUGCCUGCAUUUAAACAGUUUGGUGCAGGGCUGAAGAUUAUUCACUUCAUCGGUGCUGCGAAGCCUUGGCUUCAACCAUUCAACACGGAGACAAGUCUAGUGAGCGUGUCAGGAGAGUCGAGACAUCUCGUACAGUUUGUACAAUUGUGGUGGGACAUCUUCUGUGCUCACGUUCAUCCCACACUGUCCACGGAAAUGACUUGGCAUCGGCUCGAGACCAGCUUAGAGUUCUUCACAAGGCCUCCACCACCCUUGAUAUUGCUCUCGGAACAGUCUUAUUUCAAACAAACACCUCCAUCUCCUCCACCACCCGUUUUGUCGGAUUAUCAGGAACAAAACUACGGAUAUUCCGAUCCGUGGGACGAAUAUGUAGAACAAAGUGACGAACCACCCAAAGACUCUUGUAGGAACUAUAACAAUGCUGUUGACAAUUACCUGCUCUCUAACGACAGUAGUGAAAUAAAUUACAGUGACCAUUUUACAAAUUUUAAUAUCCAGUUUUCAAGUGAGCACAGGGUCAGUAGAGCUUCUGUUAGACCUCAUUUAGACCAUAAUUCCGAAAGCAACAGUCACAAUAAUCGUGAUAGUCAUGUUCAACACUUGCACACACACAGUCACUCCCAUUAUCACCACACUCCUAGUCAACCACACACCUCAGAGCCCGGACUUUGGGAAGAUUCUGCUCAAUCUGAGUUUUACUCUGUUACUGAUGGUGGUGGGAAUGAUCAAGAUCACAGAACAACUUCAAGAAAAAACAGUUUUUCACAGCCCGAACAAAAUCAAAUUGUGCCGGAAAUCAGAGUGGCUCCACCCUUAGUAGAACAUUCAUACCCGCAUGAACCCCCAGCACAACCAAUCCAUGAACCCUCCCAGAGUGAAUCUAGUUCAGUACACUGCCACACUCAGCAGCACUGUAGUCCUGCACAGUCCGACGAUGAAGCGGGAUUAGCAGGCGCCCUAGCCACAGUCACUCUGGGCGCUCCUCUGACUGUUGAACAAAGGGCUUUAGAGGAACAUCUCAGGAGACAAGGCUGGGAGCAGGGCAACAUAGAUUACAUGGGCAAGGAUUCCUUUGACAACAUCUGGCAAAAGAUCUGUCAAACUUUGGGAACCACAGCUCCCACACCGUCCUCAGAAGCCCCUGCUCCAGUCGCUCCUGUUGCAGCGCCAGUUUAUGUAUCUUCGGUCGAGAUCUCGCCCUCCGGUCAGAUUGAUAAGACCCCACCACAAGCCAACUAUGCCCCUGUAAGUGCCCUAGUAGCGACUGUUGAAGCUUCUGAUACUAAGGAUGCUACUAAAGCGCCCCAGUCAGAAACUCCAACAGUUGCAAGUGAACCAAAACCUUCGGUUACAGAAGUAGUAUCAACGGUUAGCGUUACUUCAUCAGCAGCAACAACACCACCACAAGUCGCCAGUGAAGCUCCUGCAUCCACGGCAGUAGCGCCUGCAGAGAAGACUGAGACACAACCUGCGCCUCUCACAAUUCCUUCUGCUCCAAAAGAAGCAACAGUAACAAGCCCAGUCCCUCCUCCAGUUACUCCAACUAUGGUACCAGUCCCGACAGAUGUUUCAACUGCAAUCACUCCCGCCUCAACAGCUCCAGCUUCAACAACUACAACUCCAACCGCAACUACUCCUGCAACAAUUUCUCCAACUCCACCAACACCGGUCCCAACCGCUCCAUCCCAAACUGAACCCCUAACUCCAUCAACUCCAGCCCCAACAACUCCAACCCUAACACCAACAGCUCCAACACCAAUAACCCCUACACCAACACCAACAACUCCAAUCCCAACACCAACAGCUCCAACACCAUCAACCCCUACACCAACACCAACAACUCCUACCCCAACUCCAACAACUCCUGCCACAACUACUCCUACUCCAACACUUCCAGCCCAAGUUGAACCACUACCUCUAACAAAUCCAGCCCCUACAACUCCAGCUCCAACGCCUACAACUCCCACCACAACUACUCCAACUCCAGCAACUAUAGUCCCAACAACCCCAGCCCCAACUGAACCUCCAGCUCCGACACCUUCAGCCCCAACUACUCCAACUCCGGCUCCAACAACUCCAGCUCCGACACCUUCAGCCCCAACUACUCCAACUCCGGCUCCAACAACUCCAGCUCCGACACCUUCAGCCCCGACUACUCCAACUCCGGCUCCAACAACUCCAGCUCCGACACCUUCAGCCCCAACUACUCCAACUCCGGCUCCAACAACUCCAGCUCCGACACCUUCAGCCCCAACUACUCCAACUCCGGCUCCAACAACUCCAGCUCCGACACCUUCAGCCCCAACUACUCCAACUCCGGCUCCAACAACUCCAGCUCCCACACCUUCAGCCCCAACUACUCCAACUCCGGCUCCAACAACUCCAGCUCCAACACCAACAACUCCAGCCAUAUCUACUCCAACUCCAGCUGUAACAAUCCCAGCCCCAGAAGUUCCUGCACCAGCCCCUGCAGAAGUUCCUGUGCCAGCAGUUGUAAAAGUUCCUGCACCAGCCAUUGCAGAAGUUUCUGCCCCAACUCCUGCAGAAGUGCCUGUGCCAGCCCCUGCAGAAGUGCCUGCACCAGCUCUUGCAGAAGUGCCUGCGCCAGCCCCACCAACUCCUACAGCACAGCCUCAAACCCCAACAGUGACAGAGCCUACCCCUCCCACAUCACCUCCAAUAGCUACUGAAGCCCCUCAACUAGCCAAGUUACAAGUUGAGCCCGAAGUGCCUGCUACACCCCCUGCAGGAGCCUCUGCUCAACCUAGCCUUGAAGGGGCAGUAGCAGAAGAACCCCCAGUACCACCGAAGAGAAAAGGAGGAAAGGGACAGCAAGACUCUAAAAAUCAAAAGGGAGGAAAACCAUCUAAAGGGAAAAAGUAAUAGCUUUAAUUCUGCUUUCAAUGUAACACUAAAUUUCAAUUCAGUUACAUAAAAUUGUGUUUGUUACUGAAUUACACAACCUAAUUCUUAAUUAAUGUUAUCAAUGUUUUAAACUUUUUUGUUACAAGUCAUUAAUUAAUUCAUAUUAACAAAAUGCUUUCCUCAUAAGGAAAGUGUGAAACUAUCUAGUCAUUAUGUGUUAGGGUGUAGGAGUGUUAACUGUUCUUAGGUGCCAAAAAGAGUUUCACGCUGCUUAUGUUCGCUGUUAACCAAAAUAAUAAUCUCUUGAGUUUAACAGAGUGAGACAGUGUAUUGAAUAGCUCAUGAUAUUAUUUGUCAAACAAACACAUAUUAUAAUGGUUUCUUUUUCAUUUGUAUUUACUUACAAAGUAACUGAGAUGAUUCAAGAAAAAUAUUGUUUUAAUUGUGUAUAAUUAGUUUUUGUUUUUUAUUGAUUAAUGUACACAAAAUAUUAUACUUUAGUUUUGAUAAAUAUUUUGAGAAUAUAGAUUUUGUUAAAACAUUAAAAUAAAACUGUAUAAACUGAGAAAAAGAGCUUUUUUAA